AAUUGUCCAUCUGUUACAAUGGAAAUGUGUCUGGAACUCUGCUACCAACACAACACACAAAGUGCUCCCAACACAUCUACAGGUGUUAUCAAUAUCAACGUUAACUCUCCUCUCUUGUUUUACCUCUCUUGUUUUAUUUUCAGGGAAAGGUAUGACAGGUGUGGGUAGGACUGAGUGGGGUACCGCACGCCAGUCAUAGAGACUUUGGCUAAUUUUAGAGCUGGACGCCAUGUUGCUGCCUCUGAACAUUCUAUUAAUCCAGUUUAACAAGUAUUUGCAUUAUAAUUUUUGCAGUUCAGUUAGCUAGCUUUGUGUAGUUAACUUAAUAAAUUAAUAUGUGAACUGCUGUGCCACUAUUGCCCAGGAAGAAGCAAAAUGGCUGCUGCUGAAUUAUGUAAUGUUGUGUAAAUGUGUCUUCAUGUGCUUUUUGGUUGAAACCGCCAUCGCCAAUCUCUCUAUGUUUAUGGCUCUGGGAUAGACCUGAGUGGGGUAGGGCUGUAGGAAUGUGUGGGGUAGGGCCAUUGCUCUCAAAUAUAAUGCGUACCGGAACCUAAAUAUAAAGAGUACCGGCACCCAAAUUGAAUACUGGCACCUAUUUCAGUCCACCUCGAGCACUGGGUAGGACUGUAGGAAUGUGUGGGGUAGGGUUGUGUGGGGUAGGCUUUUGAGGGGUAGGGCUGUGUGUGGUAAAAAUGCAUGGGUAGGGACUUGUGAGGUAGGCCCAUGUGGGGUAAGUCUGUGUGGGGUAAGUCUGUGUGUGGUAGGGAUUAUUGGGGUAGGGAUUUGUGGGGUAGAGUUAUGUGGAUUAGGGUUUUAUAUACAGUAUUACAGUCUUAGAAAAAAAGGUGCUAUUUCGAACCAGAAAGGGUUCUUUGGCUUUCCCUAUAGGAGAACCCUUUGAAGAACCCCUUUUGGAUCCAGGUACAACCCUUUUGGUUCCAGGUAGAACCCAUUUGGGUUCCAUGUAGAACCCUUUCCACAGAGGGUUCUACAUGGAAAAAAGUUAUACCUGGAACCAAAAAGGCAGAUCUAUUUAAGGAGCAAUACCACAUAUUCCAACUUUUUUUAAACAAGCAAACAUUCACACUGGCUUUACACAGAUGUGGCCCAAAUCUAGGACCUUGGAACAGAAUGUCACACCCCCAAUUAUUCAACACUUAUUUAAAUAUAAUUUAUUUGUUAUAUUUUCAGCCCAAGUCCAAGAUCUCAUCCUCCCGCAAGGUGUCACUGAAGAUCCUCCUAUUGUCACGUGCAUUGGAGGAGCUGGAGGCAGAGAAACAAGCCAGAGAGGAGGAGAAGGUUCGCUACCUGGGGGAGCAGCUCCCGCCCCUGCAGGUGUCUGGCCUGUCCUUGGAGGAGCUGCAGAAACUGUGUAAGCAGCUCCAUACCAGGAUUGACCAAGUGGAUGAGGAGCGCUACGACUGUGAGGCCAAAGUCUACAAGAACGGCAAAGACAUCCACGAGUUGAAGCUGAAGGUGAUGGACAUGGGGGGUAAGUUUAAGAAGCCAGCUCUGAGGAAGGUCAGAGUAUCAGCAGAAGAGAUGAUGAGAGCACUGCUGGGCACCAAACACAAAGAACACAUGGACCUCCGAUCCAACCUCAAGUCUGUCAAGAAAGAGGACAUCAAACAGGAGAAGGAGGGCAACCUGGAAGUGGGAGACUGGAGGAAGAACGUGGAGGCCAUGUCUGGCAUGGAGGGCAGGAAGAAGAUGUUCGAUGCUGGCGGUGGCCAAUAAGGUGGUUCCUCACCACAUGUGGGUGGGGACACAGACUUCCAUGACACUGAGGGGUAAAAAAAAAAAUGUAGGAGAGAGAAUAGAGGAGAGAGAGUGGAGAUAGUGGGAGGGACUGGGAAAACCCGUGUCCAUGACUGAACUAAACUAAAGGUGCACAACUCAGGUCCUAAAACAGGGCUUUUAGACACCACACUUCACACUGCUGAGUCUCCAUGUCAGAGGUAUUACUGCUGUAGAGCUCAUGUUGCCUGCCGCAGGUUAUAGCGUAGCUACAAAAGUGCCUAUCUAUCAAAUGACUACUGUAUUUAGUCUAACCAAUGUUUUCUCAAGUAGUAUCUUUUUUUUUAUCAAGUUAAGUUUAAGGAAUGUGAAUAUACUAAACUGCCCAAUGUUAUUUGUAAAAAGUCAGAAACUUGUAAAUAGUAAUUGUGUUGACUUAGCCUACACAUACUGACUUGCCUGUAGUAACAGCCAAAUGAAAUGACAACCACAAAAACAUAUUAAAAAUCACUGUAAUUC